AUGCCCACAUUAGAACCCUAUCCGAAGGCACAAGCGCUGGCCGGUGAGCCUAAUCCUCCUGGGCGUCCACUGGCAGUGCACCUUCCCCGCGAGGUACUCGAGAUUAUCGUCUCAUACGCUUGGUCCAAACCCUGGCGGUCGGGCUUCAGCGAAUAUCCAGGGCGAUGGGAGCUAUACGCCUCUCUGGCCGGCGUCAGCCGCCUUUGGUUCAGCGUAACGCACCACGUCCACCUCCGAAAUAUAUACAUCGAAAAUUGCCGCGAUUUUGCUGUCUAUCGCCGCCAUAUAGAAGACCACAUUUCGCGACACAAGGGCGACGGGGAAACGUACAGACGCACCCUGUUCAACCUGUGCACCCUCACUCUUGUGUUUGAUCAACCCUUCUGCGAUGCCGACGCUCAACCGGAAUCGCUACGUCCCGCUGCGGUCGCAGCUCUGAUUCCCACUUGCCGCCAUUUAAACUUGGAAAUCGUCGUCGGCGCUGCCGACCCGGCCACAAUCCUAUCGUACUACAGCACCUUGUCAUCCCUGAGCCUCUGGCCACCCUCCUUCGGCUCCCGUGCAUACUUCAGAGAGAGCGCGCCAUACUCUUCUGGACCCUCCAACACGUUUCCCAAAAUCCUAUACCUUGAAUUAUUCGACGUACCUGCCAGAUGGGAACUCGAGUAUUUCCCGAACCUCAAGACACUGCGCCUGAACGUGCCCUUCUGGCUUAACCUCCACCUGACUUGCCUCCCGCGUGGGCUUAAGACAAUUAUUCUAGGGACGGACUUGUGCUGCAUAGAGACCAAGGCAGUACUGGACGAACAGGGGGUCAUACGCGAAAGAACGGUCUUUGAUAUGUCUGGUUGGAAUAUCGGGGCGGCCUUGCGGGACGAGCUCUGGCGGCCGAUGCUCACUGGCCCGCGUCUGGAGGUUCAGGUUAGGGUUGACUGUAGCACAGAUGUAGAGCUCGUUGGUUAG